AGGAAACCAGUGUCAUUUGGACAUUCGUUAGUUCGCCGAGCAUGUUAAAGUAAAAUUUGUUGUUCGGUUUUUAAUACAAUCAAGCUGUCUUCAUCUCAGCAAAAUCAACAUGGGCGACAAAGUUGUUAAAAUCCGUUCGCGUUAGCUCACCGGAUGUCUUUCAGUCAGUUAACACUGUCAGAAGUUGGCUGGUUGAAGCUAGCAGCUACGUAGCAAACACAAGUACAGUGAAGGUAGUGUUUAUUGUUAGUGCGUGACACCCUGCGGUCUGACCGGAGAGAAACAACCUCGUCUGUUCAGCAGCUGUAAACACCACCUUGUUUUGGUCGAGGGCAGCUGUGAGAGACACUCAACCAUGGAUCCGUUUGACAACCACAGCACAGAGCGAGCCAACCUGCCGAGGAACAUGAUCGAGAACAGCAUGUUUGAAGAAGAGCCUGAUGUUGUGGAUUUAGCAAAAGACUCCUCUGCCUUUCCGACGUUUCCUGCUCUUGACCCAGAUGAGGCAGUGUAUGAGCCUCGCAGUUCGCGGCUGCUUGUGCGAGGCCUCGGAGAGAACGACCUGGACGAGGAUGAGGAGGACUGCGAGUCUUCGGCACGUCUGCUGGGCAUGUCCUUCAUGAACCGCAGCUCUGCUCAUAGAUCCAACUCCUCCCCUUACACCAGACAGGCUCCGCCCAGGUCAUGUCCUCGACCCUCAGCCCGCACCAUGGUUGUGUGUGUGUUAUUCGUUGUAAUAGUCUGCUCCAUGACCAUGGUACUCUACUUCUUACCUGGAUGCACCUUUACCAGGACGGGUUGUCGUAAGCCGAACAAGACGUCCCCCAUGGAGACCAUCUUCCCCCUCUCCACAAAUGGUGAACUGUUUCCAUGGGUAGAGUACCGGCUGCCUCACAGCAUAAGUCCUCUGAGCUAUGACCUCACCCUGAACCCCAGCCUCGACAGUAUGACCUUCACAGGCAGAUCUGUUAUCAGCAUGUCUGUGCUUCAUAACACCAAACGCAUUGUCCUGCACAGUGCUAACCUCAACAUUACCAAAGCUACCUUCAAGCUGGGGGAUGAAGCAGCCAGAGAUGUGACCGUACUGGAGUACAAACCCAGACAGCAGAUAGCUGUUAAUUUUCCUGAGGAGCUGAAGGCAGGACAGAACUGUGUUCUGACUCUGGACUACUCUGCUAACCUGUCACACACCUACGAUGGGUUCUACAACAGCUCAUACACUGAUAAAGAUGGGAAAAAAAGGGUCCUCGCUGCAACCCAGUUUGAGCCGCUGUCUGCUAGGAAAGCCUUUCCCUGCUUUGAUGAACCCUCAUUCAAAGCCACUUUUCUGAUCAAAAUCAGCAGAAAACCAGACUACAUGACUCUUUCCAAUAUGCCUAAGGCUAAAACCACACAACUUCCCAAUGGCCUGAUGGAAGAUGAGUUUGAGAGGACCACUUUCAACAUGAGCACCUACCUGGUGGCCUUUAUUGUUGGUGACUUCACCUCUAUCAGCCAAAAUGUCUCAGACACUCUGGUGUCUGUGUACUCUGUGCCAGAGAAGAAGGAGCACACUGACUAUGCUCUGGAUGCAGGCGUUAAACUGCUGGAGUUUUACAAUAACUUCUGUGAAAUAAACUACCCCUUCAAGAAGCUGGACUUGGUUGCUAUCCCUGACUUCCUGGCGGGCGCUAUGGAGAACUGGGGACUCAUCACCUUCAGAGAGACCAGUCUGCUGGUGGGCAAACAGUCCUCUCCUCUGGAAAAACAAGUGGUCGCCUCUGUUAUAGCCCAUGAGCUCGCUCAUCAGUGGUUUGGAAACCUGGUCACUAUGAGGUGGUGGAACGACCUGUGGCUUAACGAAGGCUUUGCUACUUACAUGCAGUACUAUUCACUGCAGACAGUCCUGCCGAAUCUGGAAAUUGGUAAUUUAUUCCUGGCAGUGCGAUUCAGAGCCUUGGACAAAGAUGCACUAAACUCCUCCCAUGCCGUGUCAACAGAAGUUAAUUCACCAUCACAGGUGGAAGAGAUGUUUGACUCGGUCUCAUAUGAAAAGGGUGCAUCUAUUCUCCUGAUGCUGAACGCUUCACUGCCCGGGGAACACCAGUUCAGAAAGGGUAUCAUUCAAUACCUAAAACAGUUCAGUGGAUCAAACGCGGACACUAAUGACCUCUGGAACAGCCUUACAGAGGUCGAAGUCUCACCGCAGCAUCAGAACGUGUCAGAGAUGAUGAGAUCCUGGACAUCGCAGAAAGGCUUCCCAUUGGUCACCGUAAGCCGCCAGGGAGAUCAGGUGACCCUCACACAGGAGCAUUUCCUGCUCACCUCCGACAAUGCAACACACACUUCCAGCUUGUGGAAUAUUCCAGUGACAUACGUGAAUGACAACUGUAGUGCGGCUCCAGAGUGCAGACAGGUGUUCAAUCUAAUGACCAAGUCAGGGACUUUUAAGAUGGCAGAAAGUGUGAAGUGGCUGAAGAUAAACUACAGAAACACAGGCUUCUACAUCGUCCACUAUGGAGACGAGGGUUGGACUGCUCUUGGAGAUGCUUUGUCUGAAAAUGUCAAUGUUCUUACACCAGAGGACCGUGCCUCGCUUAUACACAAUAUCUUUGCUCUCUCCAGACUGGGACGUGUGUCCUUCCUUCAGGUCAACAACCUGUUGAGCUACAUAUCCAAUGAAACCGAGACGUCUCCUGUGACAGAAGCCUUGUUGCAGCUCAGCAAUAUCUACCAACUGCUCUGCAAAAGACAGGAGCACAGUCUGGUGGCCCGCAUGAAGAACUAUAUUAUGCAUCAUUUUGGUUCCCUGAUGGAGAAACAAACAUGGGGAGAGGAGGAGAGUGUAUCCAAUCAGGAGCUGCGCUCAGCGCUGCUGGAAACAGCAUGUCACCUGAAAGAAGGAAACUGCACUCAGCAAGCCAAAGCCCUGUUCAAGAGUUAUGUUGAGUCCAACGGGACCUUGCGGAUCCCAGGUGAUUUGCAGCAAGCUGUGUUCAAUGUUGCUGCUCAAUCAAAUGAAGACUGGGAGACUUUGCGCGACUUGUACACUCAUGUCACCUUUGAUGCAGAGAAACGAAAAAUGCUUCGGGGCCUCGCAUCCACUCAAGACGCUUGGCGAAUAGUCUGGAUUCUUCAUGCUGGUCUGAAGGGGGACAUCAUCCAGACCCAGGAGCUUCCUUUGGUCAUCAGCACUGUGUGUAGCGGAUUCACUGGCUACUUAUUCGUCUGGGAUUUUAUACAAGAGAACUGGGACAGCCUCAUAGAGAAGUUCCCUGUGGGCUCAUUUGCAAUCCAAUCAAUCAUCAAAUCUGCCACCUCCCAGUUCUCCACGCAGGCACACCUUGAUCAGGUAAAGAGUUUCUUCUCCGGGCUAAACGAGCGUGGCUCUCAGAUGAGGAGCGUGCAGGAAGCUUUGGAAACCAUCAGGUUAAACCAGCGCUGGAUGGACAAGAACCUGGUUACACUCCAAAACUGGCUGUAAAAAGAGUUGCCCCAUCAAGACUACCCAGCCGGGGUAUGAGGGAAGUCAACAGCAGUGUUUGCACUAUCGUAGGAGUGUGUCUCUUAGCUUUUUUUUUUAUCCAGGCUGGAGUAGUAUUGACUAUCAGACGUCACGCUCCACCUGAGUGGACAAGAUUUUUUUUGUUUUGGUCCUGUAAAUUGUGUUUCCUAGCUCAGGGUGGUGCUGAUUGUGUAUCCGACAGGCCAUUCGAUACACACAGACACACUCCUUACAAUUCAUGCUGUCGACCAAAAGUCAACUCUGCAGGUCUCAUCUGAACCUCUUGUCUGAGCAGACAAUCAUGUUCCAUCCACACUCCUCUCCUUCAGCCUGCUGUCAGGCACUACGUCUCCAUAAGUUGUUGUGUAAAGGCCACUUUAUAAAUUCAACUUUGAAAAAACUCAAUUUAAAUGUCCAUGACUGUUCUGCCAGCCGGUUCCUGGACUUUCUCUCAGCCAUCAGACUUAUGUAAAACAAGUGGCAGAAAUUCCUCAGCCAUGAGAGGUUUGGGUACUUGAGUGAAAGGAUUAUUAUGAUGAAUCCCUUUUUACUUAAAAUCUGUGGAAACAAUAGCUAGCUGCAAUUAUCAACUCCAGUUACUCAUGCAGCCUGAAGUAUUUAUUACAAUAGUCAUGGUUGAAAGCUUUGAUUAAAACGAGGUUUUCGCACAUCCAACCAUCUCGUGAAGUAGAUGAGUAGGACAGAAAUCUAGGGCAAUGAAAAGGAAGCUCCUGCACACUGCUAAUCAUAUUUUUAUUUUUAUUUUUUUAAACCACAACGUUUCGGUCCCUCUGAAGCUUUUUCCAAGUUUGUCCUCAAACAGUUUCCCCACCAUGACCUUAAGUAGACAAUGUUCCACCAAUGUUCUACUUUGACGUGUCUCUCUGGAUCUAUACAUACAUCGUUAAAUCAAUCAAUGAGACUCUUAGACAUAAACUCCAGUACACUGCCCCUCUGUUGACAAUAAGGUCAAUGUUACCACCUCUCUCUGGCAGUGUUGCCUUUUCUAUGCCCUGGAUCCUGAAUGAUGAGAUGUCCUAACACAGUCCAAAACACUUCACGCAUACAGCCAGACACCCACUCACCAAAUGACCAACUCUGAUGUGAAUAAAAACACAAACAGUCAGACAAACAGAAUUACACCAAGUAUGUUUAGUCAAAGUUAAACUGAACUAUUUAACAAAGCCAAAACUCACCAACUUGUAAAAUCUGGACUUACAAACUUAACCAAAUGUGCAGAAAAUGAAGCAGAUGUAGAAAGCUAAAGAAACAUUUCACAACAAACUUACAUACAGUACUGUAUGUGUUAAAUAUGAUGUGCAACAGGAACAAAACAGCCAAACAAGCCCCCAGAUCCUGGUGGGGAAAUUGUUAAAGUACACACUUGACAAAGCUUCUGAGGUGAUGCUGACCAAGAGUAGUGUGCAGGAUUUUUUAUUUUCAAUGGUUGAAAGCUGAAAAACAAACCUUGUUUUUGGCAUUGAUUGUACUGAAAAGCCUUCCCACUGUGUACAGUAGAUGGCAUACUGCACAGCAGUGCUGGUUUGAAUAAACCAAUGUGUCUUAGGAGAGAGCAGGCAGUGCACACUGGAGCCAAAUGUUCAUUUGUCAUUUUCUCGAUGUCUCUUCCUGGCUAGACCUGCUUUAGCUCUUAUCUGCAAGUUUGAAUUAGUCAACUUUUUUUUCACCAUACAUACUCAGUCUUUCACUUGUUGUGCUUGUAAACUUGCAAUUAUAAUGUAAAUAUGCUCAACCUUACAACUUUUACCCUGCGUUUUUGAAUGUGUUUUAAAUAUCUUUUAAAAUCAAACGAUUUUAAAAUGGUGUUUUGUAUAUAGAGUGUAAAUGGGAGAUGUAAACAUAGACUGAAACAUUAGUCUUGGUCAAAUAUUUGAGCUGUAUUUCUUGUUUAAUACCCCUCAGGGGGGUGAUUUGCUGAUGAAUGUUUGUGUUUUAAGGGCUAAUGUGCAUAAUGAAGAUACAAAUGGUAUAAAAGAAGAUCUAUAUUGGACAUUGCUUAUCUGUCCUCAUAGCUUUUCUUCAUCAGCCAAAUAAAAAUACAGAAAGUACAAAGUUACUCCAUUUGUAAACUGGCUGAGAAUAAUGAGUAAGUUAUUCAGUGUUGAAAUAUGUUCACCAGCUAAUGUUCCAAGAUUUUAUUUAAACACAUUUGAACUCUCACUUUAAGCGUCAUCUCAAGUGCUACUUCAGUUAUUUUCUAUUGUUAUAUCACCUGGAGGAGUGCAAGAAGAUGUAACAGUUCUUAAAUGAUUUUCUGAAGCCUCUCUGUCUAGUCAGAGUUCCAAUCCGAGUGAUAUCUCUGACUUGGUCGUGUGGUCCCCAGAACUAAUUGGGGUAACUCAUGGGAUUGUCACUGCAAUGGCGGCUCUCACUGGCAGGUCACAGUGAUUGCAAGAAGGGAUGGGAUCCAAGAAGGGACUUGAAAGACAGGGAAAAGAGACAUGAUGUUUGUAUUAAGGCUAUAGCCUGCUACAGGGAGAAAAGAAAAGUGUGUCAGAACUGACUUUUAAGGAUGUGAUUGCAGUUUAGAUCUGUGACAGUAUUGCCUUGUACCAGCCCACCAAAGUUUCACAUACAGCGUAUAAUGUGUUUAACUGGUGAUUGCUUUGAAUACAUAUCCUUUACGGUCAUGUCCUGGUUUAUUGUGGAUCAUUACAGUGUCGAGGUGAGUCAUCUGUGUGUCAUCUGUCCAGCUUCCAGCAACCACAUUAUUGUCUCCUCUCCAUUGAGGCUCUGGGACUUUGAGUGUUCUUCAUAUUUUGGUUAGAUAAUAACUGCUUCAUGUGAGGUCAGUUUGUGAUGUCAUUUAGGUACAGGGUCCAGUCUGAGGGCGGUCUGAUGUCAGAAUUGUUGUAUAGUACCACGUGUGCAGUGAACCUCAGAUUUUCUGUGUUUGCACUGGGAUGAAAUGCUUUAUGUGAACAAAAUAAAAGUAAAAGUUGUUUUCUGAA